AUGAACCCAAACAUCAAUAUGGCCAGCAUGAACCCCAUGGGUGGCCCUGUUGGAGGUGCUCCCAUGCCUAUGAUGAACAACGGCGCUGUCAACCCCCAGCAAGCUGCUGCCGCUGCCGCUGCCGCCGCGUCCCGUCAACACCAGGCAAAUGAUAAUCAGCGCAGCAUCCUCAACACAUAUAUCUACGAGUACUUUAUUCGCAUGGGAAUGUACCAAUGCGCACGAUCCCUCCUCGAAAGCGACCAACAGGUCAAUGUACUUAAAGAUGGCGCGAAUCGUCGUCGCGACGAGAACGGCAAUGUCAUCAACGGCGUUGGCGAUGACCCCAUGGAUACCGACUCCAAGGACGAUAUCGACUCCAAACUCCCCGAAGACUUGCCGCCGCCGAAGCUUCCCAUGCCUGCGUCCGACACGUCUUUCCUUUACGAGUGGUUCUCACUGUUCUGGGACAUUUACUACGCGCAGCGAGCUAAGAGCGGAAACAAUACCAUUAACCAAUACGUCCAACACACUCAACAGGAACUUCUGCGCCAAGUGCGACCAGACAUGACCCAGCAGCAGUAUCAAAUGAUGCGAAGCAUGCAAAACGGCGGCAUGGCCAUGAACAUGAAGCAGGGGAACCUUGCCCGUGCUGCCAUGGCCAACAACCAAAACAACCCUCAAAUGAUGCUACAGCAGGCCAAGCAAAACCAGAUGCAACGAGACCCUUCCGGCAUGGAUGGCCAAAACAGACCUUCAUCGCCGGCUUCUGGGGAGAACGCUCCCUCGCCCUCCAAGCGACAACGCAUCGACGCGCCCUUCAACCCUAACCAGCCUGCUGGUAUGAUGGCUAAUGGCCGUCAAAUGCCUGCUGGACAGAUGGCACCCAACACUGCCGCCGCGCAACAAAUGCUGACUGCUAAUGGCAUCAACCCCCACACGCUACACCCUGCGCAAUUGGCAAAUUUUGCCAACGCUCCGCCCGCCGCCCAGCAAAAGUCGAUCGCAACAUACUCGCAAAACCUACAGCAACACCAUGGUACCCAGAUGGGAGGCAAACAGAUGCCAAAUGCUGUCCCUCAAGGCCAGGGAUCUCCGAUGAUGGCACAGGGUCCUGAUGGAACUGCUCUCAACGCAUUCUACAACCCAGGGGGGGAAAUGGGCGGCCCAGGGGGCAUCCGGCCGGGACCUGGCGGUCCCCAAAACGGAGGGGGAAGCAACCAUGCCCUCCAAGACUAUCAAAUGCAGCUAAUGCUUCUAGAGCAGCAGAACAAGAAGCGACUCAUGAUGGCCCGCCAAGAGCAAGACACAGUCGGCAACGGCAUGCCCCGAGAAGGUCAGCCUGGACCCGGUGGUCCCCCCGGACCCAAUGGUCAGUUCCCGGAUACAUCACCUCAAGCUAUGCGACCAGGUGCAUCUCCCAACCCUGCUGAGCAGAUGAAGCGUGGCACACCUCAAAUGAACAACUCUGGUAUUCCUUCACCGGUUCCCGAGGGCGGUCAAUCCCGUGGCUCACCCAACCCGGCCAUGAACUUCAUGGGCAACAACAUGGAUCCUAACAUGGCGCCUCAUUUCUUCAAGGGGAUGGAAGGUAAUAUGGGCGGCCAACCGCCUAUGAACGGCGGCAACAUGCGACCACCUAGCUCUCACCCUGGCCAGCCUUUCAAUGGGCAGAUGACACCACAGAUGAUGGCUGCCGCACGACAACAGCAGCAGCAGGGUCAACCAGGACAAGGACCACAGGGAAAUCCCCAACAGUGGCAGCAAGGCCCUAACGGACAGAUGGUACCCCAGCAGAUGCAACAACAAAGUCCCCAGAUUCAGAACACUCCCCAGCAACGAUCGAUGCCUCCUCCCCAGGCACCACCUGCUGGCGCAAAUGGAGCCAACAGCCGGACAACAGCAUCUCCUCAACAGGCGGCUGCCGCACCACCAACUCCCAGUCAAACCAACAAGGCCGCCCCCAAGAAGAAGGAAUCCAAGGCUGCUAAGGACAAGCGCGCUGCUGCCAACAAGAAGGCCAACCAGAAUCUCAACAACGCUGGCGCAACACCUUCUAACGACAACAACGAUUCGCAGGAUACUCCUGCUCCUGCGACGCCUAUUCAGAACGCCAACGCUGCCAACUUUAACAAGAAUGGACAGGCCAAUGCCGGUCAAAACGGCCAGCAAACAUCUGGACCAGCUAACGCUCCUGCUGCAACGACCGCACCUCCUCCAGCACCACCAGCUCCCCAGCACGACCCUAAUCAGAUGAUGGGCAUGGAUAACAGCUUUGGCCCAUUGUUUGAUGGCGGCGGUAUGGAGUUGGCCAACCCCCUCAACUCGGGUGACGUGCUCAACGACUUCGAUUUCGACUCGUUCUUGCACGACCAAGAUGGCGACAACUCGGCCUUCAACUUCACGGAAGCGUUCCCAAUGGGUGACGAAAUCGGAGCUGACUAG